AUGUCUGGGUUCGUCAAAAUUUUUCUCAAGAACCUGCGCAGACACGAGACCUUUUUCGACGUUCUCUGGAUUGGUCAUUGGAUCAGUGAAAAGUUCGGUUUGUCACCCUUGCACUAUCGUGAGCCAGGCAAGCUCCCGACUCAUAAACGUAUUCCAUACGCAUACUUUAUCGCGAUAGCUGUCCAGAUUGGAAUUUUUGUUCUCAACUUGCAACUAAAAGCCAUGGGACAUGUAAUAAACUUGAAAGCUCAAAAUCGUUGGCUCAAUACGUUGGUUAUAUUCACGGUGGUAUAUGUGUGGCUCAUAAUUAUGGCUGCGGCAUAUUUGAUUUUCCAAGCUACCGACGGUGUUCUAUUCAAUUUUACUAUACUGUUUGUUAGCAUCACUAUUCCAAAUGCAAUGAUUACGACAUUGGCUGGGCAGCAUCUCGUAAUGCAGUACGCAGCCCAAUAUCGAUUCAAAUCUCUGAAUCGUUAUUUCCGCGAGAUAUUGCCGACGGAAAUGGAAUCGGUUAAUCAAUUUCGUCUGUACUACAUAUCCAAAAACAGUCUCACACUAACAGUUCGCGUUACAGGAAUAGCUAAUCUAUUCAGUGAUCUGAUGCAAUUUGUGGAUCACUACAAUCGAACCUAUGGCAUACAGUUGCUCCUGACUCACCUAGGAUCGUCAUGUAUUAGUAUCCUUAGCUUUUUUACUCUAUACCGAGGACUAAUAAAUCCAGAUAAGGCAAAUAUUUACGUGGGGAUUCAUAAUUUUCUUUGGAGUCUCUACUACAGUAGCUAUCAAAUGUCCACUGCGAUACUCGGAGAAAUGGUGAAUUCGGAGUCCAGGCGAAUAGGUAAACUUCUCCAUAAAGCAGUUGCAUUCGUUACUGAUGACGGUGUUCGAGAAAAGUUGAUACUUUUUUCUAGUCAAAUUUAUCAAAGACCCGUUAGAGUUUCAUGUAUAUGGUUUACAUUUGACGGUGCAUUGAUCUUCUCGACUCUGGGAGCCGUAACUACAUAUCUCGUUAUUCUGAUACAAUUUGAUGUGACUUCUCAAUAA